AUGUCCACGGAUCGCAGCGCAGAAGACCUCGCCCUCGAGAUCGUGAGGGAGAAGAUUUUCCAGAGAUUUUACGAUGAACUGCCCUACGAGCUGACAGUCGUUCCGGUGUCCUGCAAGUCGCUACGGGACGGCUCCAUGCGCGUGGAGCACAUCAUUGUGGUGCCGCAUGAGGGCGUCAAGAAAAUCGUGGUGGGCAGUCACGGUGCCGCACUCAAGCACGUGGGCACCAGCGCGCGCAUGGAGCUGCAGCGCAUGUGGGGCCACAAGGUUCACCUCAUCCUCACCGUGAAGGUUGGCAAGUGA